AUGGACGCUCGCAACGCCGCUGGCCGCCGGGUCUCGCUUCUCAACGACGACACGCCUCGCCAACCGUCCUCGUACACCAUUGCUCAUGCCUAUGCCACGCCUCCCUCGGGCCCUUCGUCACCCACCAGCCCGCAAAUAUGGCGCUCCAGCUCCUACGACUCGCAAGUGAGCGGUAGUGACGCCGUCUCCCCGUUGACGCCCGCCCUCGACUACCCUUACACAUCCUCGCAAACGUCUAGCCGCGCCUCCCUCGCCAAGCACCCGCUACACUAUGCUAGCAGCCGUUCCACCUCCAACGAGGACGAUGUUGCCGUCGCUGGCGCCGCCGCCCAGGACCGCCCCGCCAAGCGCUACCCGUGCCGCUUCCGCGACUCCCACGGCUGCGAAAAGACGUUUACCACGUCGGGCCACGCUUCCCGCCACUCCAAGAUUCACACGGCUGAAAAGGCUGUCCAGUGCACCUUUGCCGGCUGCCAGAAGAAGUUUACCCGUGCCGACAACAUGAAGCAGCACCUCGAGACGCACUACAAGGACAAGUCCCGCACCGCCAGUAGUCACCGUUCUGGCCCCGCCGCCCACCCCAAGCCGGCCGCCGACCAUCGUCGCCCGGCCGCCUCUGCACGCAGCCGCUCGACGUCGUCUAUCAGCGGGCCAGAACUCGACGUACGCCAGUACGCGCUACCCACGCCGCCCCCUCUGCGCUCGCCCGCCGUCAUGGCCAGCGGUGGUCGCUCCGCCUGGGAGAUGACAGCCUCGACGCUGCCCAUGCACAGCCGUCCGUCUGCCUCGCACGCCCCCAGGAGCGGCCUCGAUGCGCUUGCCAUGGCCAUUGCUUGCCAAGAGAGCUCAUGA